CUUUCUUCAGGUGCCACGGCCGGAAUCGCAGUCGGCUGUGCUGCUGCCGGCCUCAUCAUUGGCCUUCUUGCUGCUCUGCUGCUCUUCCGCCGCCGAAGAGGCAGAAGUGUCCCAGACGUAAGCCGGGCGGCCAUUCUGGUUGAAUCCAAAGAACCUCCAUCGAGUGAAAAUAUCGAUGGCAUUGGGCCUGUUGCUGGUAUCCGACUGGGCCAAUUUCUCCUUGACGGUGCUCCAGACCAAGAAAUUGUCAGCGAGCUGCAGUCGUUGGGUGAGCUCAUCCGCCAGCAUGUUGAAGAUUACUACAGUCUUCAACCAGUGGACGCCAAUAUUGGAAUGUUGUCGCAGUCGCUCCAAAAUCUCGGAUUGGGAUCAAAUGGCUUGGCAUUAAAUACGGGGGAAAUCGCUGCUUUAUGUGCCAAUUCCUAUUCUCGUCACCUUGGCCUGCGCUACGUUAUUUCGAGUGUCAUUUUUGCAAGUAUCGACUUCCACUCCCGCAGCAAUCUGUCAAUGCUUCCUGGACCAGCUGCUGGAUUACUCCAAUCCAUUCCUGGAGCUGAAUAUGGCACAUUCUCUCAAGCUCUGCAGACGUGGCGCCGCCUGUCCGCUUUCCUCCUCCAUCAAAAUCGCAGCCAACGAACUUCUUUACAAGUGGACGCGCUCACGAUUGCACCACAAGCCCAAUUGGUCACCAACUCCUUAAACGAUUUCCUGGACGCCUUUGUCAUUCCGGGGAAAAGCAUCCAGCAGGCAAGCCACCUUCAGGAAGUUGUCAUUGAAUGCGCAAAGCUUGGCUAUGUGCUUUUCUCUCACCCGGUUGAUUGGAGGUUUAUUUUUGAAGAACCUUCGACUGGAUCGGCCGAUGGGCGUACAGUAGUUAUCUGCCCAGGUUUAGAAAAGUGCAGCGACCGUGAUGGAAAUCCUUAUACGCCGCCACGAAGAGUUGCUGCCCCGGUA